AUGUGCAUUAAGGGCUAUCGGCUUCCGGUGACUCAAGUCCCUGCGAGCAGUUCUCACGGCCUCAGUCCUGCAGCAGUGCCCAUUCUAGACCCUCCUUUUCCUCUGCCCGCGGAGCGGGAGGUCGCGCAUGCGCACUUGCUCAUGCGCUCCUGGAGCAGGGUUGGGGGGGAGCUGGCGCCCGCACUCGCGGGCCCGGGCCGGGGGGCGAGGGACCCCGUGAGCUUCGCUGAUGUGGCCGUGUACUUUUCCCCGGACGAGUGGGGACGGCUGCGCCCCGCGCAGAGGGCCCUCUACAGGGACGUCAUGCGGGAGACCUACGGCCACCUGGGCGCGCUGGGAUUCCCGGGCCCCAAACCCGCCCUCAUAUCCUGGAUGGAACAAGAGACAGAGGCCUGGGGUCCGGGCGCACAGGAUCCGGAGGAGUUGGGGGGAGGUCUGAGAACAGCCUGCAGAGGAAACUGGAACAUAAACAAAGAGAACUGGAAGAGAGAUGAGCCCCAAGCCAGGGACUCUUUGGACACACAUGUGAGAGGCCAAUUACUUGAACCUGGCAUCAAACUUAUAGACUCAACACACAAUGGAUCCUUGGAACCACCAUCCAAAGCUGAUUUCAGCAAGACUUUGCCUCAGCCCUCUAUUCCCAAACCCAACUUGGACACUCAGCCUGGUCAGCGGCGCCAUGCCUGUCCUGAUUGUGGACGCCGCUUUACCUAUCCCUCCCUGCUGGUCAGUCAUAGGCGAAUGCACUCUGGUGAACGGCCCUUUCCUUGUCCUGAAUGUGGAAUGCGCUUUAAGCGGAAGUUUGCUGUUGAAGCCCAUCAAUGGAUCCAUCGGUCUUGCUCUGGGGGACGGAGGGGUCGUCGGCCUGGGAUACGGGCUGUGCCUCUUGCCCCUGUUCGGGGUGACCGUGACCCUCCUGUGCUAUUCCGGCACUACCCAGACAUCUUUGAGGAGUGUGGAUGACCUGCUUCACUGGGGAUGGGGGAGAAGUGAUUGGAGAGGAGCUGAUGGUCUAAGCAUGGUCAAAGUGCUAGAGCCUUGACAAACUCAUUUGAAUAGAUGAGGCUGAAACUGUUGCAACUGUCCUUCCAACAGAAGAAUAAUAAAGGGAGCAGAGACUGUUGGGAAGAUUAAUCUGGAGAUAGUAUGCUGGAAUCACACUGGAAAGGAUGUCAAAUCCUACCAAGGAGGCUGAAAAAUGAUUUUUCAAUCAACAAACCACUGGUGACCUUGAAGAAGGAGCAGUUUCAUUGAGUGGUAGGUAUAGAAAUCACAUUUCUGGAAGUUAAGAAUAGGUUGCAGAGUAGAGGCAUUGAGUAAAAAGUGCUCACGUGAGAAAUUUGGCAGUGAAAGAAAGGAAAUAAUAGAGGGUCCAACCAGGGUUAGCAAAUAAGUCUUUUCCCACAAUAAGUGAUAUUUACAUAGGACUUGUUUGUAAAGUACUUUGUACAUAUUAUCUGAUUUGUUCUUCACAACAACCCUGUGAGGCAAAAACUAGUUUUAUCCUCCUGAAGGAACUGAAGUUGAGAGUUUAAGUGACUUCAUUUAUUCCAACCUAGUCAUUUUACAGAUGAGAAAACUGAGACUCAGAGAAAUUAAGUGACUUGCCUAAGGUCACACAGGACAGAGGUGUCAUUCGAAUUCAUUCAGUUCUUAAACUCUAAAUCCCAACCUCUGUCUACUAGGUUAGGCUGCCAACUCUCAAGCAUGAGAAAACUAGAGCAUGUUCUUGAAAAUAAAGGGCAAGUAAGCAUUGGGUAGAGGAACUGAAGGCCCUGGAGAGAGAAAGCAAGGGUCCUGAGAUGGCACAGGUGGGAGAGUUUAUUAAACUUUAAAAUGAGAUGCCUGUGCAGCUGAGCCUGAAAAGCAAAGAAGAAGAGGUAAGAAAUAAGAGAAAUUUUUAAUUGGGUGUGUUAUUAGAGAUCUCAUCCAUGAUUGGAUAUAUUUUUUUCUCAGCUGUAGCACAGCAGAGUGGGGGGUAGGGAUUGGACUAAAGGAAUGGAGAAUGGAGGUUUUUAAGAGUCACUGUUGGGAGCAGCUAGGUGGUCCAGUGGAUAAAGCAUUGGCCCUGGAUUCAGGAGGACCUGAGUUCAAAUUUGGCCUCAGACACUUGACACUUACUAGCUGUGUGACCCUGGGCAAGUCACUUAGCCCAUAUUGCCCCGAAGGGAAAAAAAUGUCAGUUGGAUGGUCGAUAGGGAAUGACAAAAAAAGACGUAGGAAAUCAGUAUGAAUUUUUGUUCACACAUAUAGUCUCUUCUAUUUUCACUUCCAUAUUAUCAUAUGAGUUACCACCUUAGAUAUACAGUAGUCUCCAAUUUCUCAAUUUAUCUCCAGGGUUUCCAACCUAAAAUAACCCCAGCAAAACAAUCGACCAGGGAGUCAGGAAGAUGUCUCUCAUUCCAGCCCUACUACGAGAGACUACUGUGACAUUACAAAGUCACAACUUCUCAGUUUCUCUUCCGAGGGCUGUUUCCUUUUAGCUCUGAAAUGUAUAUCAAUGAUUUUAUGGAGAAAUGUUUAAAAACAUAGGGAGUGAGGUCAGUGGAAAGGGAAAGCCAAGAAACGUUGGCGAUAGAAUGAGAUAUUUGAGGGAGUAAAGUCCAAAAGGGGAGUGGUAGGGGAUUGGAUGAAGAGUGAAUGGGGAAGGGUGUACUCCCCCUCCCCACACUAGCCCCCCCCCCACUAGAGGGAAGAAAGACUGUGAGCAAAUAAACUAAUUCUUACCCUAAAGAACGUGUCAGUAAAUGGGAAAUGGGUUUGUAAUCACUGCAAAGAUAGUCACUGACUUGAUGGCUAUUAAGAGGAUGGGGAGAAUGACUCCGUGCUUGUGAGAUUAAGUGAUACUGGCUAAACCCAGGACCGAGUGAUCCUGGGCGUGAAGAGGCAGGUGCCUGGGCAGCCGGAGACCCCAGCGCGGAGGCCGCAGAGAACAGGACGGAGAAGCCUCCCGGGGUAGUUAGGGCAGCUCCGGGGCGCCGUGGAGCCCGGCCCUCGGCUCCUCCCCCCUCCCUCACCUCGGUUUGCGGAUCUCCUUCGGGCAGUGAGCAGAAAGUCCGCUCACCGAAGGGCCCGCGUAGGGGCUCAGCUGCUGCCCGGUGGCCCACAGGGCCAGGCUUCCCGGCCCAGCAGAAAAGGAGACGGAGGAGGAGUCCUGGGGAACACGGAGGAAGGACUUAGGGAGAAGGGAGGAGGACGCAGGGGAACGCCGGGAGCUACGGGGUAAAGUCCUCGAAGCUCAACUACUAUCUAGUCUUCUGCAGGCAUCACCCGCUUCCGCCGGAAACCACAGACGUCCGGGGGUUUCACCUGAAAUCGUGGUGGCGACCCCGAGAUGUCACUUCCGGCGCCCCUCUGCGUCGUCUCUUUAAAACUGGCUUUUUAAAAAAUGGUUGGCUCAAAACUGAGGGACUGGGGACCGCGACCUCCUGCCCGUCCCUAGCAUUUCCAGUCUGAAAAUCAACUCUUCUGGCCCCGACAGAACAAGAGUCAAACGCAGGGAUCCGAGGCCCUGCAGAGCCCGCCUGGGAGAGGCCCGAAGGGAGAGGAGUUCCGGAUUGUUGCCGCGUUUCACUGACGUCAUCCUCCCAGCAGCCCCAAGGGGUGUUCGCAGCUGUUGUUUUCCUCACUUUACCGCAGUGGCAGCGCCGGACUGAGCCAGCUGGAGGCCCAGCGUUCUCUUCACACCUACUGCGGGGAAUGAGGAUCAUCCUGAUGCAGGAGUCGGUUUCAUGUCUAGCUCUAAGAUUAAAGAAAGUAACUUAAAAUCGCUGCCUCGCCGGACUCCCAAGGUUAUCUUCUAAAGCAGAGGCGCCUCAAGACCUUAAGUGGAAGGGUCAGUCGUUCAGGGGAGAGUGGCCUGCAACGGGUCCUUUUGUAUGUAAACAGAACUUGGGGUUAAAAGGCUCAAGGAACUGGCUUCUUUUAAGGAUCGUAAUCAGGUGUUUUUAUUUUCUACCUUUCUCAAAACUUGUCUGAGUUCCAAAACUUCACAUUGCAAGUGUCCUGAAGGCUUGAAAAGGACUUGUGGUUUGUCCUUUGGCUUCUCUCCCCUUGCUGUCACGAGUGGAACUACCUGGGUACCUGGUUUUAAACUCUCCAUCCCUGAGUUCCCCUCAGAAAGGCUUCCCUGCCAGAUUGGCAUGUGACUCCGAGAUGCAAGUAUCCACAUCACUGUAUUGCUUUUGAUUCCAUGGUGUGGGAGGCUGAGGAGCCUAAAGGCUUGGUCCCCUGUUUACAUAUGUGAGUGUUCAUGUGCACAGAGGUCAGAAGUUUAUAUACCUAUUUAGGUAUAUUAAUCCCUAAACUCAUCCUACCAGGAUUUUCCAAGUUACAUGCUUUAAAAAUAAUUGAUUUCAUAACCUUUUAAGUACUAAAAUGGAAAAAUGACCAUAAGAGGGAGAUUGGGCAAUCAAGAUGUUGCUACUACUAUUACUUUGUUAGUUAUUUAUAUUUGUAUAGUGUUAUGGGCACAUCAAAGAACCUUCUCCUUGAGAAACUAAACCAGAGGACAGACAAGCCAAGAGAGCUAAGUGGAACCA